AUGCAGACUACUUGUACAAACAUUUGUGAAAGACUGUGCAAUAAGUCCAUCUGUGAAAUUUCCUUCCUACUAAAUAUUCCACGGUCAACUGUUAGUGGUAUUAUAACAAUGUGGAAGCAACUGGGAACAACAGCAACUCAGACACCAAGUGGUAGGCCAAGUAAAAUGACAUAGCAGGGUCAGCGCAUGCUGAAGCGCACAGUGCUAAGAAGUCGUCAACUUGUCUGCAGAGUCAACAGCUAAAGACCUCCAAACUUCAUGUGGCCUCCAGAUUAGCACAACAGUGCAUAGACAGUUUUAUGCAAUGGGUCUCUAUGGCCGAGCAGCUGCAUCCAAGCCUUACAUCGCCAAGUGCAAUGCAAAGCGUCUGGUGCAGUGGUGUAAAGCACGCUGCCACUGGACUCUAG